UUUGCCUAAAAUAUAAAAAUGUCGCCAAUGGUUUGAUUACAGCUGAAGACAGUUUCGUGUUGGCUUGUUACACCAAAACCCUUCAACUCAGUUUCGAUCCUUUUGCAAUGGAAGUUGGACAAGCAAAUCUUGAGCCGAAGACCAGCUCCGAUCCACUUGUCGAUGAGUCGUCUCGCGGUUCCUGCCUCCCCGGCUUCGGAGCCACCACCGUUAAAUCCUCCUGGUGGCAGCGAGUUCACAGUAACCACCUUCAAGAACCACGGUGGUGGGUACGGGCGUUUCUAAAGAUCCGGGAGUGGUCGGAGAUCGUAGCUGGACCACGGUGGAAGACUUUCAUGCGCAGAUUUAACCGCGAUCGACCCCGCGGCCGCAAGUGGGAUGAUACUGCCAAUUUCCGAUAUGAUCCUUUGAGUUACACCUUGAGUUUCGAAGAUGAAUACAAAGACGAUGACGACGAUGAAGCUGGAUUUGGUGGAGUCCGAAGCUUUUCGAUGCGCUACGCUUCUGUCCCCGUCGAUUCUAGUAAAGCUACCGACGAUAUCAGCGUUGUCGACGCCGUGAAAUGAUUGAUGAUGAUGACUCUUGUCAGGACGAGUUCUACGAUAGGCGUUUGAAAAGUCUCUCGCGUGAGUUGUGCGUUUCCUCCUUAUUUAUUUGUUUACGUGAUCAAGUUUAGUUUGAUUUACUGUAUUAUUUUGUCGUUUAAACCUACUCCUCUUUCUAUAUGUCAUGUAAAUGUAUCACUACUGUCUUAUACCUAUUUUGAUUCUAUAAAUUUUGUCUUUACUAA